GAAUGAUAGCAAAAGGUCAUCGUAUUAACCACUUCAGGGGCCUUGACUUGGCGACGAGGACCUGGUAAGCCUCAGAGCACCUGAUUGGACUUAUGCCAGAGUUAGUCAGUCCAAAAACUCACGAGCAUUUCUCCCCUCAAUUCGUUCGAACAGCUCUUCUCCUUCUCCUGAACCUCGUCAAAUCCCCAUCCAAAUCCUUCAGCCGCGAUGGUGAAAUUCUAUCCUUCGAUUAAUUCAGAUCAUGCGGAAUUUAUGCUUAAACAACCUCUUUUCUACGUCGCCUCUGCGCCUUAUGCUGGAAAGCACGUAAAUUUGAGUCCGAAAGGUCAACCCUCGCGCUCAUUUGCAGUCUUGGGCCAGAAUUCUGUCGCAUACGUCGACGCUACAGGGUCCGGCUGUGAGACCAUAGCGCAUGUAUACGAAAAUGGCAGAGUUACCGUGAUGUUCUGUAGCUUUGGAGUCAGUCCAAAAAUAAUGCGUCUGUUUUGUCGAGGGACUGUCGUUGAACUUGGAGAUGAGAGAUUCGGACCUCUCGCGGCCCAGAUGGGAAAGUUAGUGAGUUUACCGGGCGCGAGAGCUAUUAUUUUGCUUGAUGUUUACAAGCUUCAAACAUCAUGCGGCUUUGGUGUUCCUUUGAUACGCGGCUCCAAAAGCACCACCACUCCCUGGGAGUCCGAGGCCGAGGAGGAUGGUCAGAAAACACACGACGAGGAGAAGAGGGUGGGCUCUGCUCAUGGCUUCUCAGACCGUCGGACUAUGGACAAAUGGGCCACAGCCAUGAACGAGAAAAGGGCACUUCUAGGGUACCAGAAGAACUCCAACUUUCAAAGUCUGGAUGGCUUACCAGGUCUCCGAACUGCGAGGAGAGCUCGUGGACAAUGGAUAUUACUAGAUGAUACCAAGGCUCGUGUAAGGAGACUCAUGAGGCAAUGGGAUGCGAUGAUUGCGGGUACGCUGAUUAUGGUGCUUGUGAUGGUCGUUCUCAGUAACUCUGGGAUCUUGGUUGUUGAGGUUAGAGUAUAGCAUCAAUUUCGGGUGAAUGAUCACGUGACUACUUUCUAC